AUGGACAUUGACAAUAUGGAGAAAGAUAAUGGAUGCUCCUGUACACCCACUAGCGAUGAAUCUAGCAGCAAUGCAUAUGCUGAUUUGUCCUCAUCAGACGCUCCUUUCUUCGAAGGGGUAACUUUGCUGGAUCUUCUACAGCCAACUACUCUAAACUUGGAAUUGAGGAAGAAGAAAGACGACACUUAUAAAUGGGUACGCAAAGUUUACAAUGAUAAGAAAAAAUCGGCAAAUAUCAAUUUGAGUAAGGAGGACUUGAAGGAGAUCAAAAGAUUCUUACAUAUUAAGCUUGACCAAGUUUAUCUCAAGGUCAAUGAAACUGAGAAGGCAUCAAGCACUGAGAAGUUGUUUUUCUCAUUUUCAGUUUAUAUGAUAUUCUUCAUUGGUUAUCUUAUUGGUCAUUCUCCUGAGUAUAUUCAUAUCUUAUACUCCGUCAUGUUUGCUAUUCUUAUGCCCAUCAGAUUGUUGACGUAUUACAAACGAGAUUAUGGUUACUUUCUUGCGGAUUUGUGCUAUUAUGUGAAUUAUUUAUUACUGAUUUACAUUUGGAUAUUACCUGAUUCACAAAGUCUAUAUAUUGCCUGCUGCUCAUUUUCUUGGGGGUCAUUAUCAUUUGCAGUUAUAACAUGGAAAAACAAGCUGGUUUUACAUAGUAUUGAGAAAAUUACUUCGACUUUUAUCCAUGUUUUGCCAAGCGUGACAAUGUACGUAAUAACACACCAGCUAUCACAUGAGUACAAAUUGGAGAGGUUUAGUGGCUCCGUUAAAUUGCAACAAUGGGACAUCAUGUAUGGUAUCUUGCAAACCUCGUUACUGUAUUUGAUUUGGCAACUCGGAUAUCACUAUUUCAUUACCAUUAGGAAAGCUGAUAAGAUUAAAAAGGGAAAAGUGACAUCCUUUGAAUAUUUGCGUAAAUCAAUGAACACCCACAAAUUCGUUAGGUUCAUUAACUCAUUACCGGACCCAUUGCCGCUAGUUGCAUUUACUUUGAUUCAAUAUGGAUAUCAACUGAUUACAAUGUCCUUGUGUCCUUUAUUAUACAAGCAUAGACAUCUUUGUUCUGCAUUUGUGUCAUUUAUUUUCUUCUACGCAACGUACAACGGUGCAACCUAUUAUAUUGACUAUUAUGGGAAGAAAUUCCAGAGACAGGUUUCCGAGUUACAGAGAGAGAUCGAGGCAAUGCAACAAGAUAUCGAAGAGCGAGACAAAAGUGGCCUUUCAAAAGUGGCUACUGGUAUUGAAAGUUGA